AUGAGCACCUCAGAAAUCUGCGAAGCUAUUCACACAGAUCUUCAGCAAGCCAUGCAGGAUUUGGAUAAGCUCACACCGAAUGAGUAUUUCAAAUCACACAGAGUGUGGAUAUCAUGGAACGAAGUACUUGACACUUUGACCGAAGAUCUCAACAACAUAUACGAAAUGAUUAAAGAAUGGAGAGUGCGGGAGGAGAACCGCAGAGGCAAUCAGCCCAGGUGGACUAAAAGACAUGAGAUCAAGUAUCGAGAAGCAGUCCAGAGGUCGUUGCUCCUCGGUGAAAGUGCGGUGCGGGACUUCAAAGUCUGUCAAACGCGGGUGGCCUCACUCAAAAAAUCAGUCACUUCCCAUCGAGAAAUCACAACAGCCAUUUACAACCAGCAAAUGGACGAUCGCAACUUCCGACAAAAUGACAACAUCAAGUACUUCACCUAUUCGACCGUUUUCUUUCUUCCGCUGUCCUUCGCUACUAGCUUCUUUAGCAUGCAAGCCAAGCCGACGGGAGAUCUUAUUCGGCAGAUGAUUGUGUGCACAAUUGUCGCCUUCGUGAUAUUGUUGGUCAUUUUGAUUACUCUACCAUCUGCAGUCAAAGAAAUUCGGAAUUCAUCUCAAUCGGCCCGCACUACUUGGAAAGCUCUUCGCAGACAGACCGGAUCUAAUAACGUACUCCACAGUUUGCACCGAAGUCUUACUAGAUACACCGGGGGGUCCGAUAAUGGUCAGAAUCUCUCAGAGGCACGGAGUGGGGUCUCAGAUGAAGAAUCAGGAGAAAUGGUUUCUUCUGGUGAGACUUUCAAUAACGACACUAAGUAG